GAAUGUUGACGUCCGACUGCGAUUCACCGCCCGCGGGAGACGCUGGACACGCCGCUGAUUGGCUGUGGCCGCUUUUACUGCCGGACAAAUCAAAGGCGGUCAACCGCUUUGGGCAAGAGCUGUGGGAGAGUUCCUACCUUGUGUGGGGCCACUUCUCUGUGCCACCCACCAGGGCUGGGCAAAAAAUCUCACCUUUGUCGCGUCCUGCCAUUGAUGUCAGCCGCUCCAAAGGCCGCUGCCUCCAAGGCGGCUUCCGAUGCCAAAAAGCCCGCCGCGACCAAGGCCGGCGCAAAGGCGACUUCCAAGACCGCCGCCGCCUCCAAGGUGACAACAGCCAAAGCCGCCAAGGCCGUCAAGAAGGAGCAGAAGCCGGCCAAGGCGGACGCGAAACCCACCAACAAGGACAAGAAGACUAACGCCAAGGUUGACGAAAAGGCCGAAGACGAGAAGCCCGAGACGAAUGGCGUCGCCCCUACCAAGCGAAAAGCUUCAGAGACCGAGAGCGAGAAUGAGCAGGACGUCGUCGUGGAGGAGCCCCAGCCCAAGAAGACCAAGACGGAAAAGGCGCCUCGCGCCGUCGCCGUUCCCAAGGCCAAGAAGUCCGCCUACCCCGAGAUUGGAAAGAAGAUCAACGACGCCCCCACCCAGAUUCUGGACAUUUACGUCUUCGGCGAGGGCACCUCGGGCGAGCUUGGCCUGGGCAGCAAGCGCGUCAAUGGCAAGAAGCCCAUCGAUGUGAAGCGCCCUCGACUCAACGAGAACCUCUCGGCCAAGACCGUCGGCGUUGUACAGAUUGCGUGCGGCGGAAUGCACGCUGUCGCCCUCACCCGCGACAACAAGAUCCUCACCUGGGGCGUCAACGACCAGGGCGCUCUGGGUCGCGACACGACCUGGGAGGGCGGACUCCGCGACGCCGACAAGGCUGACGACUCCGACUCGGAAGACGAGGACGACACCGGUAUCAACCCCAAGGAAAGCACGCCCAUUGCCCUCUCCGAGGACAACUUUGCGCCCGGCACCAAGUUCGUCCAGGUCGUUGCCAGUGACAGCGCCUCCUUCGCGCUUACGGAAGACGGACGUGUCUACGGCUGGGGCACCUUCCGCUCCAGCGACGGCAUCCUGGGCUUUACGGAGAACGUCAGGGUCCAGACGCGGCCUGCGCUCAUUGCCGGUCUGAAGAACAUCAAGGCCCUCGCCUCCGGCGCCAACCACAUCCUCGCGCUCGACCACAAGGGCAACGUCGUCGCCUGGGGAUGCGGCCAGCAGAACCAGCUCGGCCGCCGCAUCAUCGAGCGCAACAAGAUGUCGUCUCUCGUCCCCCAGGGCGUCGGCCUGCCCCGAGGCAAGAUUGCCAAGAUUGCCUGCGGCUCGUACCACAGCUUCGCCAUCGAUAAGGACGGCGCCGUCUGGGGCUGGGGCCUGAACAACUUUGGCGAGAUUGGAGUGGAGAGCAACGCCGGCGAGGACGACGCCGUCAUCCUCAAGCCCGUCAAGAUCACCUUCCUCGCCGACCACACCGUCACGAGCAUCGAGGGCGGCAUUCACCACUCUCUGGCCUGCACCGAGAAGGGAGACUUGUUCACUUGGGGCCGUGUCGAUGGCUACCAGGUUGGCUUUGAGCUCGAGGAAAUCGACAAGGUGGACGAGGACUAUGUCAUCCGCGACGAGCGAGGAGCUGCUCGAAUUCUUGUCAAGCCCACCAAGCACGAACGUCUCUCCGACAUUGUUGCCGUUGCCGCCGGUACCGACAACAGCUUUGCCAUCAGCAAGGACGGCAAGGCCUACUCGUGGGGCUUUUCGAGCAACUACCAGACGGGCCAGGGCACCAUCGACGACAUCCACGUCCCUACCCUCAUCGACAACACUGCCACGAGAGACAAGAAGAUCAUCGGUGCCGGCGCUGGUGGACAGUACUCCGUCCUCAUUGGCCUGGCCGAGGAUGUCCCCGCGACCAACGGCGAGGUGAAUGGCGCCCACUAACGAGGGGAAAAGUCCGCUUGACGGACGGAGGCUUUCUCUCACUGUCACUCCAUACAGCAUGGGUGACGUGGUGGAUUUCGAGUGACGAACUUAUAUAUAGAUGUUUUGCAUUGUAUAGCUGCAGUCAUGACCAUUGCGUUUUGUUAGGCGUUGGUGCUGCCACUUUUU